AUGGAGACAAACGGCCAGGCUAAUGGGCUUAAAUCAAAAAAGAAAGAAAACGGAGACGUCAAGGACAACCUAUGGUCUUCGAUAUUAGAAGAGGUUCAAAACCAAGGGAACACAAAACUACCUUCAAACAAAAAUGUUUUAGUUUUGGGUGACAAUGAGACUGGUAAAACUACAUUGGUAGCAAAAUUACAAGGGGUAGAAGACCCUAAAAAGGGUUCCGCACUCGAAUAUGCUUAUAUAGACGUUAGAGAUGAAUAUCGAGAUGAUCAAACACGUCUCAGUGUAUGGGUGCUGGACGGAGAUCCAGGGCACACAAACCUCCUCAAGUUUGCCCUCAGCGAGGAGACAUUCCCUCACACGCUGGUCCUCCUCACGGUCGCCAUGACAACGCCGUGGGGUAUACUAGACCAGUUACAGAGCUGGGCAUCCGUGCUCGGCGACCACAUAGACAAAUUAGAUCUCACUCCAGAACAAAGGUUACAAAGUAAAAAGCAACAAGUACAGAAAUGGCAGAGGUAUACGGAGCCAGGAGACGAGCUGGAGCCCACAGCCUCGUCCCCCAUGAAGAGGUCCUCCAGAAACCUAUCGGACGACUUCGAAAAUGGGGACGAUGACGACAGCCCCCUACCAGAAGGAGUACUUACUACUAAUCUAGGUCUUGAUAUUGUAGUUGUGGCAACUAAGACUGACUACAUGAGCACUCUAGAGAAAGAACACGAUUAUCGCGACGAGAAUUUUGACUUCAUGCAGCAAUGGAUCCGAAGGUUCUGUCUACAGUACGGAGCUGCACUGUUCUAUACCAGCGCCAAGGAGGACAAGAACUGCGACCUGCUAUACAAAUACCUUACUCAUAGGAUAUAUGGGUUGCCUUUUAGGACACCUGCUCUUAUCGUGGAAAAGGAUGCCGUUUUGAUACCGGCUGGCUGGGACAGCAUGAAGAAAAUUAGUAUAUUAUACGAGAACAUGCAGUCUUGUAAGCCAGACGACUACUACAGAGACAUCAUCGUGCAGCCUGUUAUACGGAAAAGCGGGGCGAAUCGCGAGGCCGAGGUCCAGGCGGAGGACGAGCAGGCGUUCCUGCAGCGCCAGCUGGCCGCGCUGCAGGCCGGCGCGCCCGCCCCGCGCGCCGACUCCCCGCUCCGCGCCACGCAGCGCUCCGCCGCGCAGUUGGACGGCGCAAAGAUCGGCAUGGGUCCAGGCACGCCGGGCAACGAGGGCGUGCUGGCGAACUUCUUCAACUCGCUGCUGUACAAGAAGACAGGGUCCCCGGCGGGGCGCGGCGACGCGUCCCCCGCGGCGGCCGCGGCGCGCUCGGACGCGGCCGCCGAGCUCGACCGCCUCACGCGCGCCAAGCCGCGCCCCGCCGCGCCGCCGCCGUCCAUCGACCUCAACUCCUCGUCCGACUGCUAG